UCCCGGCGUGUGUUCCACUAUGUUUUGGCGCAAACCUCCUCCGGUCAUCAGGCAGUUUAUCCUGCGCACUGCAGUGGUCAAUCAUUUGGGCAAGUGUCUGCGGAAGCAUUAUAAUGAAUACUGCCAAUUGAGUAUACAUCUCGCUAAGAGGUCGGACGUUAAGACUGAAGAGGCUCUUUCCGAUCUACUUAAGGUUCAACAAUUAAAGACGGCUUUUGCGCACCGGCUGCUUGAUCGGGAAUACAAUGAACUGUUUACAUAUAUGAUGGACAAGAGAGAACUGUGGGACAGUCCUGAGUACUUCAAAGCCAAGGAGGCCUUGGGAGCGGCGUGCCGAAAUUUGCGAGCAUGUAAAACUACCGAGCCAAUGAAAUCAGACCAGUCAUAA